AUUCCCAAGCCCCCCGGAAAAAAAAUUAAAAGAAGGUGACAACAACGAAAUUGAAAAUAUUUAUUAAAUAAACACAUUUAAGUGUGGGAUAGUGUUUCAAAAGAAUGAAUUCACAAAAAGUAAUAAAACAAGAACUAAUCGAUCAUAACUUACAAGUCAAAGCGAUAAUACAAGACAUUUUAACGUUUCGAGGAUCGCUGCAAGAUUUAGAAACUUUAAAUGAAGCGGGUAGAGCAAAAUUAUCGCGACUUAGAAAAUGUAUUGAAAAGCUUGAUGAUUGGGCAAAGGAUGAAAAUGAUCCUCAACUUUCAAGAGAUGUUGACUCAUAUCGUGAACAAUUCUCAAGAACUCUUCAAGCAUUCCGAAAAGCCAACAUAAGUACAAUGUUAGAAAUAGAGAAGUCAGACAAAGCCGAGCUGUUUACAAUGACCCCAGAUGCAGAACUUCGUCAACGUCACAAAACAAAUUUAAUUUCUCAACAGGAAAGUGUCACCGAGAGAAUGUUAAGUAUAUCAAAAAACUUAGCAGAGACUACACAGAAAAGUUCAGCAACACUAGACUCUCUUGUACAGUCAUCAUCUACUGUUGACUCCACCAAAGAAGAACUUCUUUCUACUGGUGGUACAAUUCACCAAUCAGGAAAACUUCUUAACAAAUACGGAAGACGUGAAACAACAGACAAAGUUCUUCUCUUCUUUGCUUUUAUAUUCUUCCUCGCUUGUGUAUUUUAUAUCGUCCAGAAAAGACUUUUUUAAAUAGUUUUAACUCUUUCAAGGAGGAAGAGGUUUUCAGCUCAAAAUUUCAAUCGAAACUUUAUUGUAUACUUAAACAAAAUAUUUAACUUUUACCAAGAAUGAAAUUGAAAAUAUAUAAUGGAAAAGAGCUUAAAGCUCAACUGGCUGUAAUGCAUUUAAAAUUAUAAAAGAACUGUGUUUAUUCAUGUAACUAAUUAUAAUUGAUUCAAGCAGCCAAUAAAAUGAUAUUAAACAAAAA